CUGCACUACGGGACCCUCCUGGGCAGCAGAGCUUGUGUCCACAUGGCAGCAGCUGCCUGGGGCACUGGGUUUCUCAGUGCUCUGCUCUACACAGCCAAUACAUUUUCCCUGCCCCUCUGCCAGGGUAAUACCCUGGAGCAGUUCUUCUGUGAAAUCCCCCAGAUCCUCAAGCUCUCCUGCUCACACUCCUACCUCAGGGAACUUGGGCUUCUUUCUUUCAGUGCUUUUCCCUUUUUUGCAUGUUUUGUAUUUAUUGUGUUCUCAUACGUAGAGAUCUUCAGGGCUGUGCUGAGGAUCCCCUCUGAGCAGGGACGGCACAAAGCCUUUUCCCUGUGCCUCCCUCACCUGGCUGUGGUCUCCCUCUUUUUCAGCACAGCCGUCUUUGCCUACCUGAAGUCCCCCUCCAUCUCCUCCCCAUCCCUGGACCUGGUGGUGUCAGUUCUGUACUCAGUGGUUCCUCUAGCAGUGAACCCCCCUCAUCUACAGCAUGAGGAACCAGGAGCUCAAAGAUCCUGUGACGAAACUGAUGACAGGAUUCUUUUCUCAACUACUCGAGGCUGUUAA